GGGCCCCUGCCGACCGGCUGACCCACGGCGGCUUCGGCCAUGCUCGGCUGGCCCUGGGGGCUGCUGCUAACCGCGGGCACGCUCUCGGCCGCGCUGAGCCCCGGGCCGCCACCGCCCGCCGACCCCUGCCACGACGAAGGGGGCGCGCCCCGAGGCUGCGUGCCGGGCUUGGUGAAUGCGGCCCUGGGCCGUGAGGUACUGGCGUCCAGCACGUGCGGGCGACCGGCCAGUCGGGCCUGUGACGCCUCGGACCCGCGGCGGGCACACCCCGCUGCCCUCCUGACCUCCGCAGGGGGCCCAGCAAGCCCUCUGUGCUGGCGCUCGGACUUGCUGCCACGCGCACCCCUCAACGUGACCCUCACAGUGUCCCUGGGCAAGGCUUUUGAGCUGGUCUUCGUGAGCCUGCGUUUCUGUUCAGCUCCCCCAGCCUCGGUGGCCCUGCUCAAGUCUCAAGACCACGGCCGCAGCUGGGCCCCACUUGGCUUCUUCUCCUCUCACUGCGGCCUGGACUACGGCCGUCUUCCUGCUCCUGUCGACGGCCCGGCUGGCCCAGGGCCUGAGGCCUUGUGCUUCCCCGCACCCCAGGCCCAGCCCGAUGGUGGUGGCCUCCUGGCCUUCAGUGUGCAGGACGGCAGUCCCGCAGGCCUGGAUCUGGACAGCAGCCCGGUGCUCCAAGACUGGGUGACUGCCACAGACAUCCGCAUAGUACUCACAAGGCCUGCCAUGUUGGGGGACACCAGGGACACAGAGACCAUGGUCCCUUACUCCUACUCAGCCAUGGAGCUCCAGGUGGGCGGGCGCUGCAAGUGUAAUGGGCAUGCCUCACGGUGCCUGCUGGACACCCAGGGCCAGCUGAUCUGUGACUGCCGGCAUGGCACCGAGGGCCCCGACUGCAGCCGCUGCAAGCCCUUCUACUGCGACAGGCCAUGGCAACGGGCCACAGCCCAGGAAGCCCACACCUGCCUUGCUUGCUCCUGCAAUGGCCAUGCCCGCCGCUGCCGCUUCAACAUGGAGCUGUACCGACUGUCUGGCCGCCGCAGUGGGGGUGUCUGCCUCAACUGUCGGCACAAUACCGCCGGCCGUCACUGCCACUACUGCCAGGAGGGCUUCUAUCGAGAUCCAGGCCGUGCUCUUAGUGACCGUCAUGCUUGCAGAGCCUGUGACUGUCACCCUGUUGGUGCUGCUGGCAAAACCUGCAACCAGACCACAGGUCAGUGUCCCUGCAAGGACGGCGUCACUGGCCUCACCUGCAACCGCUGUGCCUCUGGCUUCCAGCAGAGCCGCUCUCCGGUGGCACCCUGUGUUAAGACCCCUGUCCCUGGACCCACUGAGGAGAGCAGCCCUGUGGAGCCACAGGACUGCGACUCGCACUGCAAACCUGCCCGUGGCAGCUACCGCAUCAGCCUGAAGAAGUUCUGCAGGAAGGACUACGCGGUGCAGGUGGCUGUGGGCGCGCGCGGCGAGGCGCGCGGCGCGUGGACGCUCUUCCCGGUGGCAGUGCUCGCCGUGUUCCGGAGCGGCGAGGAGCGCGCGCGGCGAGGGAGCAGCGCGCUGUGGGUGCCGACCCGGGACGCGGCCUGCGGCUGCCCGCGCCUACUACCCGGCCGCCGCUAUUUGCUGCUGGGGGGCGGGCCAGGGGCCGCGGUAGGGGGCGCGGGGGGCCGGGGGCCCGGGCUCAGAGCCGCCCGCGGAAGCCUUGUGUUGCCCUGGAGGGACGCGUGGACACGGCGCCUGCGGAGGCUGCAGCGGCGCGAGCGGCGGGGGCGCUGCGGGACGGCCUGAGCCAGCGCGCUGGGCGGGGACCGGGCGGGCCGCUGCUCCCACAUCAAGGCACACGUUCAUCCAGUGCAUUCUCACCUGCCGAGGAGUCUUUGCUCACGUUGCGCGCGUCGCCAUCUGGGCGCCCGCCCCGUGCCCGCCAGGUGUCUUCCUUGGUGCCUCACGCCUGGGCCCCGGAGAGUGUGACAGACUCAGCG